AUGUUAGGGGCUGUGAAGAUGGAAGGGCACGAGAGCAGCGACUGGAACAGCUACUACGCCGACACACAGGAGGCCUACAACUCGGUCCCGGUCAGCAACAUGAACUCGGGCCUGGGCACCAUGAAUUCAAUGAACACGUACAUGACCAUGAACACCAUGACCACGAGCGGGAACAUGACCCCGGCUUCGUUCAACAUGUCCUACGCAAACCCGGGCCUUGGCGCCGGCCUGAGCCCUGGGGCGGUGGCUGGCAUGCCGGGCGGCUCUGCGGGCGCCAUGAACACCAUGACGGCGGGCGUGACGGCCAUGGGGACGACGCUGAGCCCGGGCGGCAUGGGGGCCAUGGGCGCGCAGCCCGCGGCCUCCAUGAACGGCCUGGGCCCCUACGCCGCUGCCAUGAACCCGUGCAUGAGCCCCAUGGCGUACGCGCCGUCCAAUUUGGGGCGCAGCCGGGCUGGUGGCGGCGGAGACGCCAAAACUUUCAAGCGCAGCUACCCACACGCCAAGCCGCCCUACUCGUACAUUUCCCUCAUCACCAUGGCUAUCCAGCAGGCGCCCAGCAAGAUGCUCACGCUGAGCGAGAUCUAUCAGUGGAUCAUGGACCUCUUCCCCUAUUACCGGCAGAACCAGCAGCGCUGGCAGAACUCCAUCCGCCACUCGCUCUCCUUCAACGACUGCUUCGUCAAAGUGGCCCGCUCCCCGGACAAGCCGGGCAAGGGUUCCUACUGGACGCUGCACCCGGACUCCGGCAACAUGUUCGAGAACGGCUGUUACUUGCGCCGCCAGAAGCGCUUCAAGUGCGAGAAGCAGCCAGGCACCGGGGUCGGCAGCGGCGGCGGCGCCAAGGGCGGCCCUGAGAGCCGUAAGGACCCCUCGAGCGCUGCCAACCCCAGCGCCGACUCGCCCCUUCGUCGGGGCGUGCACAGUAAGGCCGGCCAGCUAGAGGGCGCGCCGGCCCCCGGGCCCGCUGCCAGCCCCCAGACUCUGGACCACAGCGGGGCGGCGGCGACAGGGGGCGCCUCGGAGUUGAAGACUCCGGCCUCCUCGGCUGCACCUCCGAUCAGCUCCGGGCCUGGGGCGCUGGUAUCUGUGCCCCCCUCCCACCCGGCGCAUGGCCUGGCACCCCACGAGUCCCAGCUGCACCUGAAAGGGGACCCUCACUACUCCUUCAACCACCCUUUCUCUAUCAACAACCUCAUGUCCUCCUCGGAGCAGCAGCACAAGCUGGACUUCAAGUCAUACGAGCAGGCACUACAGUACUCGCCCUAUGGCACCGCAUUGCCCGCCAGCCUACCCCUCGGCAGCGCCUCGGUGGCCACGAGGAGCCCCAUUGAGCCCUCAGCCCUGGAGCCAGCCUACUACCAAGGUGUGUAUUCCAGACCCGUUCUAAACACUUCUUAGCUCCCUGGGACUGGGGGUUUGUCUGGCAUGGCCAUGCUGGUAACAGGAGAGAGAGAG